GGCGCGCGCGCCCUUCCGCGCAUGAGCAGUGCGGCUCAGAGCCCGCCAGCCACGGUCUCGGGCGCCAGCUACGCCGCUGCCGCUGUCACUAUGGCCCAUUACAAAGCCGCCGACUCGAAGCGCGAGCAGUUCCGGAGGUACUUGGAGAAGUCGGGGGUGCUGGACACGCUGACUAAGGUAUUGGUAGCCUUAUAUGAAGAACCAGAGAAACCUAAUAGUGCUUUGGAUUUUUUAAAGCAUCACUUAGGAGCUGCUACUCCAGAAAAUCCAGAAAUAGAGCUGCUUCGCCUAGAACUGGCAGAAAUGAAAGAGAAAUAUGAAGCUAUUGUAGAAGAAAAUAAAAAACUGAAAACAAAGGUAAAUGUUUUAAAAGAAUUCAUGUUAAAAAUAAUUUCACCCUUAAUGAUUAAAAAGAGCAAAACCUCACUAAAAUGGAUAGUAGGGGAGGGAGGAGGAUAAAAAAUCUUGAUUAACUGCAAGGCUGAACUGAUGCUCUAUCUAGAAAACCACAAAUUGUAAAUAGGACAAGCAAUGUGUGGUCAAGAAGAGCUUCUUGGGAACCUGCAUCAAGAAAAAGAUGAGGGGGGCGCCUGGGUGGCUCAGCUGGUUAAGCCGCCAACUCCUGAUCCCAGCCUAGGUCUUGGGAUGUUAGGGUCUUAAAUUCAAGCUCUGCAUUGGGCUCCAUGCAGAGCAUGGCGCCUACUUUAAAAAAAAAAAAAAAAAAAGGAUGAGUACAUUGGUUAAUGCUGCUUAUGAGUAAAUGGAGUGUUCUGGGAGUCCUAAGCACUUGAUCUAAGUAGGUCAUUGUAAGGUCAAUGCUUUGCGAAUGGCACCUCUCAGAGUUGUGCAGUGUGUAACCUGCACAGUCAUAUGUGCUGGCGCUGUAAUGUGUUUAUCUCUAUAAAUUUGUUUGCACUUAAUUUUGUCUGUGCUCAAGUUUUUUCUCUGUUGAAACUCCUGUGAGACUUUUCAUAAACUUCAAAUUAGUCAACUUUUAAGUCUUUGAGGUUUUUCCACAUUCUGAAUCACGUAACGCAUUUUACAUUACUCUAGGCAUUUCUUAUAAUGUGAUUUAUCUGCUCAACGACCUUGCGAGAUAAGCGAAACAGGUACACAAAACGAUUUAUAGGUAGAAAACUAAAGCACAGUGAAGUCUAAUCAUCUUCUCAAAUCUCUCAACUAAUUGGAAUAACCUAAAUCUUAGCAUAACAGAAAAUACAGCCUCUUAAAUAAUCCAAGAUUCCACAAUACAAAUUAUCAGUUAACUCUUUGGCACCAUUUAAGUCAAAGACAUGAGCUCUUCUUCACUGACUGGCUAGAUUAAUAUAUGUUACAUUAUUCUUUUUUCCUGCUUUUUAAGAGAAAGUUCAGUAAACUUUUGUUAAAGAGUUAAGUCCUUUACCAGAAGCCAUAGCAUCUUUGGGAAGAAAGAGACAGAUUAUUGCAUUAUUAAGUAUUUGAGCAGUGCAGUCAUGAACUGAAAUCCGGCACUGGUUUCCCAGUAAUUUUAAAGGUUUAUAUGAAAAGAGUUUUCAUUACAUUUGAUUGUAUUAAAUCUUAAAUUGUAUAAAUCUUAAAUGGUUUAAAAAUGGAUAGGAUAUUCAUAUAAAGUUCCUGAUUCAGUAAUUGAAUAGUUAACUACUCAUUUUGUUACUAUUAAGUUUUUUUUACCCAAUUUAGAAUAAAAUUCACCUAAACUCCUCUGUCUUUGCCCUAUAGCUUGCUCAGUAUGAACCACCUCAGGAGGAGAAGCGUGCUGAAUAGGAUCCUUCUCAGUUGAAAAGACACUGAAAAAAAUGGUUUUGUAUGACUUGAAUAGUUUGUAUAGUAUAUAACCUUUUCUGAACAGAUGCUCUAGAACUCUUUUAAUAUGUUGAAUUCACCUAUCACACUUUAACUGUUAUAAACACAUAUACUUAGAAUCACCAAUAAAAACUCAAUAUAACUUUCUUUGGGUCUUAAAAGCAGGAGAAUCCAAAGUGAAUCCUGAAAAAAAAAAAAAAAAGUCUAAACACAGCCAUCUAAUUCAUUACCUUAAAAGACAUUCUGUUUAUUAGUCUGACUAGCAAUGAUGGUACUCCUUGUAUUUUAGCCAAGAAAGUUCAGCAUGGAGCUGUUCCUUGGUUCAGUGCAGGAUAUGAGCACAGCUACAGUCAUCCGUUAAAAUGAAGAUGACACUGUUGUUUAUAUCCUCUGAAGGCAGCUGGAGAGAUCAGUGUGACAGAAGAUGCUUUUGCAUGGGUUCCCGUGAAUCUUCUGCUCGUGUUUAUAUAAUAUGGAACAAGUAACUUCUUUGCCACCACUUUGCCUUAGAUGACUGUGUGUGUGCCAGUUGGAACUCUGACACCACGUUUCCUUCUAUGCAAUCAUGCCCUAUCUGAUGAUGUUGCCUUGCUUUGCUUUGUGCUUCAGUGGGUCCUAGCUGCACAUUGGUCUGUGUUGUUUUUCAAUUUGCUAUACUAGCAGUUACCCUGAUUGUAAUUUAUAUAACUUCAAACAGGAUCACACUGUUUCCCUGCCUUACUUAGUUGCUCAGCUGAGCACAGAACUGAGGCAAUAUAAAAUUCUGGGUUCAUGCACAAGCUGGGAUGAGAAGGGGAAUGAGCCAUAUAUUGUGGAAAAUUAUAGUUUGCGGGUAUAAUUAUAUAGUGCUUUUUCCCUCAAAGUAUUUUUCUAGCCUUGAAUUCAUUUUAUCUUCAUUAUCCCUGUGAAGUAGGUACAGCAAGUAUGAGGCGAGGUUGGGUGCUGAAUUUUUAGGCCAAAGACUGAUAUUAAUACAAAUUAUCUACUAACUAUAGAAUGUUGGGCACUUCAGUUAACUGCUCUGAGAUUCACUUUCCUCAUCUGUUAAAUGAGAAGAAUAGUAUCAGUGCUGCCUACCUCACAGGGUUGUUGUGAGGGUCAAAUGGAAUGUAUGUGAAAGAUCUGUAAAUGGUAAAGCACUAUAUUCUUGUUUGUUA